AUGGCCGGCCAUGACGACCAAGAAGCUAAAAUAGAAACUGUAAAAGAUGCAGUGACCGAUAUGAAACUUGAGCGCCAGUCGUCGACUGAAAGCGCUGCUCUCAACGGCGCUGCAGGCACCAGCACUCCCGAGGACGAGGUUAAUAGUUCUGAAUAUUCCAGCAAGUCCAGCACCCCACUUUCGAAGCCGUCGAAAUCACGCACCCGUUCUAGCACUGCUUUUGCCAAAGAUGAGGCUUUGGAAGAAAAGGUCGGUGGUGAAAUCACCGUCAAGCAAGAGCCUGGUCAACCCCCGAAACUGGCUCGUUCUGCUUCGCAGAAGUUGCCUCCUCGGGUUGCACCGCUUUUCAAUGACUUACCCGACAUGACUACGGAGGCAACGAGCACUUUCCAGCUGAUGGAAACUUGUACCUAUGCCAACAAACAUAUGGGAUAUACCGAGCAUGCGAUGGAUUGUGACUGUGCUGAGGAGUGGGAUGCCGUUGCUUCCAAAAAUUUGGCCUGUGGUGAUGAUUCCGAUUGUAUCAACCGUGCCACUAAAAUGGAAUGUGUGGGCGACUGUGGUUGUGGUGAUAGUUGCCAGAAUCAACGAUUCCAACAGCGAGAGUACGCCAACGUCUCGGUUAUCAAAACAGAAAAGAAAGGCUAUGGCCUUCGAACAGACUCUGACCUGCGUCCCAAUCAGUUUAUAUUCGAAUACAUCGGUGAAGUUAUCAAUGAACCUCAAUUUCGCCGUCGAAUGAUCAAUUACGAUGAAGAGGGCAUCAAACAUUUUUAUUUUAUGUCCCUCAACAAAGGAGAGUUUGUUGAUGCUACCAAGAAGGGAAAUUUGGGCCGUUUUUGCAACCACUCUUGCAAUCCAAACUGCUAUGUGGAUAAAUGGGUUGUUGGAGAAAAACUUCGGAUGGGAAUAUUCGCCGAACGACACAUUAAAGCUGGUGAAGAGCUGGUUUUUAACUACAACGUGGAUCGCUAUGGUGCUGAUCCUCAACCCUGUUAUUGUGGCGAGCCGAAUUGUACAGGGUUUAUCGGCGGAAAGACCCAAACCGAACGUGCAACUAAAUUGUCCAACGCAACUAUCGAAGCGCUCGGGAUUGACGAUCCAGAUGGCUGGGAUACCGCCGUGGCAAGGCGACCUCGCAAGAAGAAGACCGGUGAAGACGACGAGGAGUAUGUGGAUAGCCUGCAACCGAAAUCUUUGGACGAGAAUGGCGUCACCAAAGUUAUGGCUGCACUCAUGCAGUGCAAGGAGAAAUGGAUUGCCGUCAAGCUGCUUGGUCGUAUCCAACGCUGCGAAGACGAACGUGUCCGCCACAGAGUUGUGAGGAUGCAUGGUUACCAGAUUUUGAAUUCGCAAUUGAACACUUGGAAGGAAGACUUCAAUGUUGUUCUCCAGAUCCUGGAUAUCCUAGAUAAAUUCCCGAGGCUCACUAGGAAUAAAAUCCUUGAUUCCAAAAUCGAAGAAACGGUCAAUCCACUGAAGGAAUGUGACGAUGAACGGGUUGCAGGGAAAGCGACGGCGUUGCUUGAUGUGUGGUCUGCUCUCGAAGUCGGCUAUAGGAUUCCUCGAAUGAAACGAGAUCCCGCGGCGAUAAAUAACACCCCUGCUGCCAACCAUUAUGAGCGGCGUGAAACGACCAAAGACGAACGCAAACGCAAGUCCAAAUCAAGAUCUAGAUCUCGAUCUCGAUCACGGUCCGUGGAUGUCACCAGAAAUGCGCCUCGCGGUCCAGCGGCCCUUACCAGAGGCGGUAAAGGCCAUAUGAAUUCUUAUCGACCAGGCCCACGACCUUUCCGUCGACCGUUCAAUCCACUCCCAAAAGGUUGGUUUGCUGCAGAGUCGAACGGACGAACUUAUUACUACUCAGCCAAUGGAGAAACGACAUGGUCAAGGCCUACUGCUCCAGCGGCCCAGCCACCUCCUCCACCGAAACGGGAGUCCAAAGAAAAGACACUCCAGGAUAUCAUCGACGGUAUCGUGAACGCAAAGGAGAAUACACCAAAAUCUAAAGAUAAAUCAGGGACACCUGCCACUCCUGCUGACGCAAAAUUGCCGGAAAAGAAAGAGCACAAGGAGAAGUGGCGCUCGUAUAGUGAAGAGAAACGAAAGAAGUUGUACGAGAACACACUUUUUCCUCACGUCAAGUAUAUUGUGGAUAAGUUCAAGCAUAAGCUUCCCAAGGAUGACUUGAAGCGGUACGCAAAAGAGGUCGCGAAAAAACUGGUGAACUCUGAUUUUAAAAACAACCGCGUCCAGGACCCAACCAAAAUCAGCGAGAAGCAGAUCAAACAAGUUAAGAAGUAUUGCAAGGAGUAUUUUGACAAGGCAGUCUCAAAACAUCGAGCUCACGAAGAUAAAAAAGCUGGAAAAAAAUCAAAAGAAGCAACGCAGUCGGCGCCAUCUAAUACUGAUAACCCGGAAAAGAUCCCAGUCAAAGGACUGCCACAAUAUGACGGUGCUGCAGACACUAGAGACGAGGAUAGCGACGUCCAACUAUCCGAUGCAGAAAUAGAACACACCGUCGAAGACAGAAGUGAAUGUCUAAAACGCAAGCGUUUCGACGAAAGAGAUUCUGAAGACAGCCACGAAAACGGUGGUAUUUCCCCUUGCAAACGACCUCGAUCCACCUCACCGCCGCCCCCUCCUCCGCCUCCCAUGAGCCCCAGCAACCCAAUCUCAGACGAACGACUCGGAGAAACCCCCAAGCGUAAACGCACCGAAGAUCUCGACGAGGACGAAUACGGCAAUCCUAGUGCCUCUCUUUCACCCGGAAAACGACACAGGUCCGAAAUCUCUCCUCCUCCUCCUCCACCACCUCCGCCCCCGCCACCACCAGCAGAUAUCUGUCCCGAGGAUGAAAAUGAGAAUGAGGAUGAUAUCGAACCAACCGACGAAGUGGGAGCAGACGCGGAAACCGAAGGUUAUGAUGGCCUCCAGAAGCGUAGCCAGGGCAAAGAAAAUGGCUUCCAAACGCAACCCCCCGGUUCGCCACUGGCAUCCCAGUCGAUAUCCGAGCAGACAGGGACAGACGCACGCUCGUAA